AUGCUACGCAUUACUUCACAGCGAGCCAGAUUCGCGAAUGUAAUGCAGAAACUCCCAUCUGAUAUGAUGGACGAAAUUUCUGAUGUCCUCUCCGAUUUGCGCGAGCAUGAACCGUACGAUCACUUAAAGGAAGCAAUCCUCAAGCGAACCGGACGUUCCGAGGAAGAUAUGAUCCAAGAGAUACUGCGGAACGUCACUAGAGGCGACAAAACGCCAUCCCAGCUUCUCAGAUAUAUGAGGAACCAGCUGGGAAAGCACAACGUAUCAGAAAAAGCGAAGCACGAACGCUACGAGCCUAGUAAAACGGAACGGGCGUUGGCCGACCUUCAACGGCUCAUAGACGAAGUCCUGCGCGGACUUCUGCAUGUAUACGCCUAUAUCGACGACAUCUUGGUGGCCAGUACAGACGCCGAUUCUCACAGACAACACCUGCGAGAAACGUUUUCAAAACCAACAUCUCCUUUCGUCGAGGAACUCCGCCACAAAAUGGCCCGGCUUAAAUAUGCAACUCCACGACAGCAACCGGUGAAUUCGUACAUCCCUCAACACUUGCGAGAUUACCAAAUUCGUUUUCGUACGGAACGACGCCGUGAGACGACCACUCACGCCGGCAUACCAAGGUCCUUUUCAGGUUCUUCGACGCACCGACAAGCACCUUACGAUCAAGCGCGCCAACUCGACCGACACCAUCGCAAUCGAUCGGACCAAGCCUGCUUUUCUGGAGAAGCGACACGCACCCAUCAGACGCAGCACCGCAGACAUCAAACGACACCCCAGCGACUCCUGUGCGGCAGACCCGAUCCGGUAGGAGGGUCACUUUCCCUAAAGACCUUCGUAAAUAUUAUUAUUAUUAAUUGA